AUGUCGCCGCCGAACAAAGAGCUAACGGGCCACAAGCUGCUGCUGCUCGUGCCCUGGGAGCCGCCGGCGGGAUACGUCGACGGCCUGCGCGCCCGGUUCCCGGGCCUCGAGGUCGUGCACGAGAACUGGGACACCUGGUCGCAGCCGACGCUGCCGCCGCACCUCACCGAGGAGGACUGGAGUACCGUCACCGUCCUCCUCACCGGCCCCAAGUUCCCCACGCGCGAGGCCGCCCCCCGCCUGCAGCUCGUCCAGCUCCAGAGCGCCGGCGCCAACUUCAUCCUCGACAACCCGCUGUUCAAGGACACCAACAUCGCCUUCUGCACUGCCAACGGCGUCCACGGGCCCCAGAUCGCCGAGUGGAUCGUGUGCACGUUCCUCGCCUACCAGCACCGGAUCCCGUACUUCCUCGGUCUCCAACGGGCGCACCGUAUCGGUGCUGACUCCUCAACCCGAAGCGGUAUCCUCGGCUACGGCAGCAUCGGCCGGCAGGUAGCGCGGGUGGCGACGGCGCUCGGUAUGGAGGUGUACGCGUACACGAACCGGCCGCGGCCGACGCCCGAGUCGCGGCGAGACGACUCGUACGUGCUGCCGGGGCUCGGCGACCCCGAAGGGAAGCUUCCGUCGCGCUGGUUCUCGGGCACCGCGCCGGAGGAGUUGGCAGCGUUUCUAGACUCGGGGCUCGACCUGCUGGUGCUGGCGGUGCCGCUGACGCCGCUGACGCGGGGGCUGAUCUCGGGGCCGCAGUUCGAGCUGCUCGCGCGCGGGCGACGCACCUAUGUGGCUAAUAUCGGGCGCGGACCGGUCAUCGACACCGACGCGCUCAUCACCGCCCUUAACACCGACGCUAUCCGCGGCGCCGCCCUCGACGUCACCGACCCCGAGCCUCUGCCCUCUGACCACCCCCUCUGGGAUGCGAAAAACAUCAUCAUCACUCCCCACGUCAGCGGCAACUCCACCAGCUACAACCACCGCCUCCUCGCCAUCCUCAACAUCAACCUCGAGCGCCUGAGCGAGGGCAAGGACUUUAUGAAUAGGGUGAGCCGGAAGCGGGGCUACUAGUUAGAUGUGCGGUCGGGGAUGUUGGAAUGGGGGUUAACUGGGAGGAAGGCUGGCGAUAUUGGUUUCGGUAGGCAUGGGAGCACGCCUCGACAGCGGAAACUUGAGCGGGCCUUGGAAUAACGGGCGUACGCAGGUAAUAGCUAUCCUACGCGCACAAAUCGCAGACGCCUACACUCUGCCACAACUAUGGAGCUCAACUAUCGCAGCAUGCGUUAUUAUGCGGAACACCAGGUCUAGGUACCUGCUUUUCCCCUGAACGCCCGCCCCUUUUCACCGGCCCGACUCGGCCGAGACAUCAUCCUAAAGCAGGUGCUC